CCAGUCUGAGCCAGUUAAUACACUUAAUAUGCUGCUACACUGCUUAGCCCCAGGGUUCUUGUUUCCCAAGCUGCAAUCUAGCCAGCUACCGAUACCGACACCGACACCAUCCUGCUGAGGCUGCUUGCAAGUUGCCACCGUCAUGUCUUACGGGGCCGCUCUGCCUCCCAGCCUGUUCGGCUAUGGAAUGCCGGUAGACGCGGGCUCUGAGUUAUCAACCCCGCAGAUGAACGCCGAUCCAAGCGAUGCCAUGUCGCUGCUGGACCGCACGAUAUACACCCCCUUUGAAGACAACGUGCCAAUGAGCGCCCAAUCCAACAAACCACAACCACAGUCGUUCACGCCGAGGACGGUCCAACUCUUUCCUCCGGGGUCGACGGCGACCCCGGACCAGCAGUCCACCUUCUCUCCCGAUGACUCGGCGAGCAGGUCGUCUGAUGUGCGCCCUCCGCCACGCGAGACUCUUGCUCCCGGAAAUCCAGGCACUGCGGGCGCCUUGACCGAGUUCACCAGGCGCCGCAACUGGCCCGCCAAGGUGAUAGGGGAGCUGCACGACUUACUGCACAUCCUUGACGCCAACGGCAGGAUCAAGCACGCCUCGCUAAGCGCCGAGCGUCUGACAGGCUACAAGCCGUCCGAGCUGCGCGGCGUAUUCCUGCGGGACCUGCUGCAUCCGGACGACGUGGGCCUGCUCACCUCGGAGCUGAACGAGUCGAUAGCAUCGGGCAUUCCGUUUCGCAUCUUUUACAGGCUCAGGAGGAAGGAUGGGCGCUACACCGUCUUCGAGGCAGUCGGCCACGCCCACAUUGCGGCGGCCAAGUAUGCGCCCAACCCGACUAACCAGACGCCUUUCUGCCAAGCCGUCUUCAUGAUGGCUAGGCCCUAUCCCACCAGGAACGCGGCCCUGCUGGAUUCGUUCCUCGAGCACAAGAUGGAGAACGAGCGGUUGAAGCGGAAGAUUGCCGAGCUCAAGAAGGACGAGCAGGACGAGACCGAGGAAUAUCACAGGGCGUGGUCCUUGAGUCAGGAGUCAUCCCAUGCGGGCAUGGAUCCCCCCGUUUCCCCCUAUAAUAGGCGCCCAUCCCACGACACGGGACAGCCCGAGGGAAUGGGGGUUGGAGCCCCGUCGAUCGGACCAGGCGACACGAUCGAGAUGCUCACUGGUCUCAGGUACCAGGAGGGAGAGAGAAGCCGGGGCAUCAUAGCUGGCAAUGCCAGUCCGGCCCUGAUCAAGGGGGACGCUGGCAUUGCCAUUCCGGUCGAUAGAGACGGCCGCGGAGGGGAGAAGAAGAAGAAAAUCAAGGUGGCCGAGGAAUACGUAUGCACGGAUUGCGGCACACUGGAGUCUCCCGAAUGGAGGAAGGGACCAAGUGGCCCAAAGACACUCUGCAAUGCUUGCGGGCUCCGCUGGGCGAAGAGGGAGAAGAAAAAGGGUGGCAAUCAUGGAGGUGCAGGCGGCUCUGAGCACCACCAGCUGGGUACCGAAUUCACCGGUCAAGGGUCGUGAUAUUGUGUGUAUAUUUGGAUGUUGUAACAAGCUGAUACCCCCAUGAGGCUGUGUCCGUAUGCCACCGAGGCUCCAGAAGGUCAACCUCACCCCGCUGCGGCAGGCCUAGGGACGCCCGGCCAAUUUGUGCAUUGGGGAAAACAUAUCACCAACCAAUAUGUACCAAUUUGUACCAGAUAUCGCAUCAUCCGCGAUAUCAGCAAAUCUUAUAUCUCAACAACUGAUGAGACACAGGAAGCUGAACAAAGGCAGCGUCAUACAUAUUGACCUCCAAGUUAGGCGGGAUGUAGAAGUACACAUUAUACAUGGCUACUAUCACCACUCAGUCACCUCCCCGCGGGCAGGCUUCUGCACACGGACAACCUUGUCGCAGUUGAGCAGACAGAGUGGGUCAAAGGCAGCUUUA